AGCGCCGGCUCGCCUCCCGCCGCCUCCUCCGGUACGUUCCCGGCGAUUAAUGAGCAGAGCCGCGAAUUAAUACUCUCGGCGCGGCCCCCGGGCGCUGCCGGUACCGGUUACUGGUCGGGGGGCAGCCGUCCCGCCCGCUCGGCGCGCCGCGGUCCCGGCCGCGCAGCCCCCUGCCCUCCAUCCCAGGCGGGGGCGAUGGAGAGCCACGCGGCCGCUCUGCCCUCCGCCGCGGCGCCCGCCUCUCUGGUUUCACCAGGCCCCGGAAGCGGCAGCGGGGCGAUGGCGGCAGCGGGCCCGGCGGCAAGGCCGGCGGCGGCGGAGCUGCAGCCGGAGAAGAACGGCGGGGAGCCGGAGGGCGGCUUCGGGCAGCUGCUGGAGGAAGCGGAUGCGAGGGAGGACGCCGGCUACGUGCCCUACAGGGUCAGGAAGGAAUGGGCAGAUAUUGAACCUAUCCCUCAGAACGACGGGCCAAAUCCUGUUGUUCAGAUCAUCUACAGUAAAAAAUUUCAAGACGUCUAUGAUUACUUCCGGGCGGUUCUGCAGCGGGAUGAGAGAAGCGAAAGAGCUUUCAAGUUAACAGCAGAUGCCAUUGAGUUAAAUGCUGCAAACUACACAGCAUGGCAUUUCCGGAGAGUCCUCCUGCGGUCUUUGGGAAAGGAUCUUCAUGAGGAACUGAAGUACAUUACAGCUAUCAUUGAAGAUCAGCCAAAGAACUACCAAGUCUGGCAUCACAGACGGAUGUUGGUGGAGUGGCUGCAGGAUCCAUCCGAAGAGCUUGAGUUCGUAGCUGACAUUCUUAAGCAAGAUGCCAAAAAUUACCAUGCAUGGCAACACAGACAGUGGGUUAUUCGGGAGUUCAAAUUAUGGGACAAUGAACUAGAAUAUGUAGACCAGCUUUUGAGGGAAGAUGUGAGAAACAACUCGGUUUGGAACCAACGACACUUCGUAAUUUUCAGCACCAUCGGCUAUGAUGACCCAGUAGUCCUAGACACAGAAGUCCAAUACACUCUUGAGAUGAUCACGGCAGUGCCACAUAAUGAGAGCGCUUGGAACUAUUUAAAAGGGAUUCUACAGGAUCGUGGUCUUUCUGAGUAUCCAAAUCUGUUAGAGCAGCUGUUGAAUUUGCAGCCUAGCCACAGUUCACCCUAUCUGAUUGCCUUUCUUGUGGACAUAUAUGAAGAUAUGCUUGAGAACCAGUGUGAUAACAAGGAAGAAACACUAAACAAGGCAUUGGAGUUGUGUGAAAUUCUAGCUAAAGAAAAAGACACCAUCCGGAAGGAAUACUGGAGAUAUAUUGGAAGGUCCCUUAAGGACAAGCACGGCUCAGGCACUGAACAGAGCAUGCUGACAGACAAACAGCAGUAACUGAACUUGGAAGAAAACUGCUCACCACCUGCUGACUGAUGCCUGGCCAGCCCCCAAGGAAUGAUCAGCAGGUGCCGGCCAACCCCCAGUCCCCAGUUUGUAUACUGAGCGUGACAUCCCAUGGUAUGGAAUACCUCUUUGGCUAGCUCAGGUCAGCUGUCCUAGCUGUGCCCCCUCCCAGUUUCUUGUGUCCCUCCAGCCCUCUGGCUGGCAAGGCCUGAGAAACUGUGAAGUCCUGGAAUUAACAUAAACAUUACCCAGCAACAAUUAAAAACCAUCAGUGUUCUGUCGACAUUGUUCUCGCAUCGUAGCCAAAACACAACACUUUACUACUUACUAAGAAGAAAAUUAACCUUAUCCCAGCCAAAACCAGGACAGUAUCCACCCCUUAUUCCAUACGAUUUAUGUCAUGCAGCAUUUUCCAAUACGUAACCACAUCUCCUGUCUUUUAAUAUAAAUACACGGAUAUCAUUCCCUUAGUCUGUGGACCAUCCUUCUGAAGUCCGCUGCGUUCAUUUAGUCCGUGACAUUGGGCUUCAUCUGUUACAACAGUCUGUCCAGGUGGGAAAGAUGGUGUGAGUUGUUGGAUUGUUGUGUCUUGGAGGCAGUUCUAAUUCUAUUAGAGCUGCCCUGAUCUGGUUUCACCAAAGUCAUUCUUCAUUGGUGUGACAGUUGAAAAGGACUCGGGUUCAAAUCCAAAGUGGUAGAGAUGGCACCACAAGGCACUCAGUGUACUAAUAGGCAUAUAGAAAUGACAAUAUACAAUACUGUGUAACAAUUAACAUCACACAACUUAAUUAAUUGGCUGUUUUCACCCAAAAUCAAAUCCCCUUGAGGCACACAUCAAACUUCCCCAUCCUUCCGUAUUACCUAGUAAGUGCUCCCGGGUCCAUUAGCAAAAGCGGUCCCACAAGUGUGUUUGCCUUUGCCUGAGGCAGGAAUGACCCAGACUGUGUUCCCAGACAUAAUGUUAAGGUGGACUGCUGGAACUGUGUCCCUUUCUACAGCAUGUAGAAGCUUUGGUUGGGCGGGUCCAGCUUGUCUGAUAGGUCCUGUGGCGUUGACUAACCAGGUGGCCUUUGCUGAGUGUGUAUGCCAGUGUUUGAAAGUUCCACCACCCUUUGCUUUCAGUGUAGUCUUUUAACAGUCCGUUACAUCACUCAGUUUUCCCAGAGGCUGGUGCAUGGUAGGGAAUGUGAUACACACGCUCGAUGCCAUGCUCUUUGGCCCAGGUGUUUACGAGACUGUUUCAGAACAGUCUCUGUUGUCUGAUUCUGUUCUGUUCUGCUCUUUCUGGGGUGCCGUGUCAUCACAAGACCUGCCUUUCAAGGCCCAGGAUGGCGCCUUUUCAACCUGUGGCAUGGGGCACAGGGUAUGUUUCCAGCCAUCUGGUGGUUGCUUCCACCAUUGUAAACACAGGGCGUUUGUCUGGGUGAGUCUGGGGGAGUGCAAUAUAGUCAGUCUGCCAGGCCUCCCCGUACUGUUAUUUCAGCCAUCAUCCUCCAUACCACAGAGGCUUUUAACUGCUUGGCUUGCUUAAUUGCAGCACAUGUGUCACAUUUGUGGAUUACCUGUGCAGUAGCGUCCGUGGUUAAGUCCACCCCUCGAUCCUGGGCCCACCUAUAUUUUGCAUCUCUUCUUUGAUGGCCUGAGGUGUCAUGGGUCCACCGAGCUAUAAGUAACUCACCCUUACGUUGCCAAUCCAUAUCCACCUGAGCCACUUCAGUCUCAGCUUCUUGAUCUACCUGCUGGUUGUUUCGGUGUUCUUCAGUGGCCUAGCUCUUGGGUACGCGAGCAUUUACGUGACGUACAUUUACAACCAGGUUCUACCCCCCUCCCCGAGCAGCAAUAUCUUGCUGCAGUGUGGCAGCCCAGAUGGGUUCACCUCUCUGUUGCCAAUUACUUCGCUUCCAUUGCUGCAGCUGCCCCCACAGGGCAUUUGCCACCAUCCAUGAGUCAGGAUAGAGUUAAAGCAUCAGCCACCUUCCUCAUUCAGCAACCUCUAAAGCCAGCUGGGUAGCUUUCACCUCUGCAAACUGACUUGAUUCCCUUCAGCAGAUUCUGCAUCAUGUCACAGGGGUCUCCAUACAGCCGCCUUCCACCUCUGUUGCUUUCCUACCAAUACCACAGGACCCAUCGGUAAAUAAGGCAUACUUCUUUACGGUCAGGCAGUUCAUGGUACGAUGGGGCUUCUUCAGCACGUGUCACCUUUUCUUCUGGUGACAUCCUGAAGUCUUUGCCUUUUGGCCAGUCCAUAAGAAUUUCCAAGAUUCCUGGAUGAUUGGGAUUGCCUAUCUGAGCUCGUUGUGUAAUCAGCGUGACCCACUUACUCCACCUAGCAGCAGUUGCAUGAUGUGUAGAGGAGGCCCUCCCUUGAAACCUCCAUCCCAGCACUGGUAACCGGGGCGCCAGAAGGAGCUGUGCUUCACUACUGAUCAUUUCCAAGGCAACUCGAACCCCUUCAUAAGCUGCCAGUAUCUCUUUUUCAGUUGGAGUCUGGUGGGCAUCAGAUCCUCUCUAUCACCGAUGCCAAAAGCCCAAGGACUGACCUUGAGUGUCCCCUGGUGCUUUCUGCUAGGUGCUCCAGGCAGGGCCAUUCUCCCCGGCUGUGGUGUAGAGCACAUUCUUUACGUCUUGCGCAGUCCAAACUGGCACAAGGCCUUGCUCGAACUAUCUCUCGUUUAAUUUAUUCAGAGGCUUGUUGCUCAGGGCCCCAUUUAAAAUAGUUUUCCUUUCACAUCACGCGAUAAAGAGGGUUUACAAUCGUACUGUAACUUGGUAUGUUCAUUCUCCAAAAGCCCAAAACGCCUAAGAAAGCGUGAGUUUCUUUCUUACUAGUUGGUGGAGACAUCCCUGCUGUUUUGUUGAUCGCAUCUGUUGGGAUCUCACAACAUACAUCCUGCCAUUUCGUCUCUAAAAACUGGAUCUCCUGUGCAGGUCCUUUGACUUUACUUUGUUUUAUGGCAAAACCGGCUUUCAGAUGGAUUUGGGUGAUUUUCUCCCCUUUCUCGAAAAGUUCUUCUGCUGUAUUGCCCCAUACGAUGAUGUCAUCAAUGUCUUGCAGGUGUUUUGGACCUUCACCCCGUUCCAGUGCAGCGUGGAUCAGUCCAUGGCAGAUGGUAGGGAUGUGUUUCCAGUUUCCACCCCUGGGGCAGUCGAUUCCAGAUGCAUUGGACACCUUUCAAGUGAAGGCAAACUGUGGCCUGCACUCUGCAGCCAAAGGGAUUGAGAAAAGUGCAUUUGCAGUAUCAGUGGCGGCGUACAACUUGGCUGCCUUUGAUUCCAGUUCAUGUUGAAGUUCUAGCAUGUCUGGCACGGCAGCACUCAGUGGCGGCACUAACUUCAUUCAGGCCACGAUAGUCCAUUGUUAGUCUCCAUUCUCCAUUAGGUUGUCACAGUGGCCGUAUGGGGGGCUAUUAAAGGGUGAAUGGGUUCUGCUGAGAUCGCUCCUUAGUUCUCUGGUUGGCGAACCAGCUCCUGGGUGGGAAUCGGUGAGUCUCGGUUGGUGCGGUAUUGCCCCCGGUGCACCGUGGUAGAGGCGAUCAGCGCCUGCUGUUCCUCAGCUUUCGGUAAUCCCCACCACAGAAGGUUCUUCUGAAAGACCAGGCAAGGUAGAAAGCUGCUCGAUUUCCUCUGUUUCCAGAGCAGCUAUACCACAAGCCCACUGAUACCCUUUCGGAUCCUUGAAACACCCUCUCCUAAGAGAGUCUAUGCCAAGGAUACGAGGAGCUUCUGGGCCAGUCCCGAUGGGAUAUUUUUGUCACUCCUUCCCAGUUCAGCCUCCAAUACAGUUAGCUGUUGAGAUCCCCCUGUCACUCCAGAAAUACUGGUUGGCUCGGCCCCUUCAUAGCUUGAUGGCGUUAAAGUACACCGUGCAGCUGUAUCUACUAAAGCUUUAUGUUCCUGUGGGUCUGAUGUGCCUGGCCGGCAGAUCCACAUGGUCUGGUAAACGCAGCUAUCCGUGUCCUCCGCCUGGCUGCAGGCAGGGUCGCUGUAAUCCUGCUUGUAGGAUUCUCCACCAGGGUGGCAAGUGGUGCGAAGCGGAUGUAGCGUGGAGUAGUUCUGGUCACUUAUGUCUUGGCAGAAUGGAUUAGAAUUCCUUUUCACAGGAUUGUGGGUAAAGCCAGCUGUAUCAGUCUGUCUGGAAAGCUGCCCUCUGGAGACUGGAGCAGCAGCCUUCUUGGAAGACUCUUUAUUUAUGAUUAUUUUUCCUUGUAAUUAAUGCGCCUGUGCCUCCAGGACUGAGGUGGCUUUUCCAUCCCACCUCCUCAUGUUCACUCCAUGGUCCCACAGGUAAAACCACAGGGUACCCUGUGGUAUCUCCUGUGUUCUCCCUCCCAAACAGAAGGGCAUCUGUGGUUGAUGGCUGAGAUGCAGGUCCAUACAGGUGAGGAACAGGAUAUCCUCAUCAAGUUGCUGGACCGGUCUCUCCACAGCUGAGGUGAUGGAGGUAGAGCCGCUAUCUUCAUAACUUCAUCCACCGUUGGUGCAUCGUCUUUUCAACUCAUUGUUGCCAGUGAGUUGGCACAUGAUGAUGGUCUGCUCUGUACCAGUUUCUGUCACAUGGGCUGCGUGCAUAAGGACUUUGCCAGGAUCCAUGGGUGACCAUGGAUCAUCCUGGUUAUAAGAAGUCAUGUCUUUCACAGCUAAUUCCCUUGAGUGUCCGGUUCUCUGUUGCGGUCCACUUGCCUGCGUGACGUGUGGUACCCUCCUUGUAGGGGUACCUUAACAUUUGACAGGAGUCCCUUCCAGAGGCUGAGGGCUUGCAUUCCUUUUGCAUGCCCUGUCAACGUCUCCUUCUUUAGAAAGUGAUCCCAGCUGCUUGGCUUCCCUACCCUCCAAUUCUAUAGUAUUACCCCUGUUAUUCUAGCAUCGAAGUAACCAGGCGAUAAGGUGUUCACCUGAUUGACAGGCAUAAUCUUUCUGCAUUAUCCCACUGUUCAUUCAGAAACAGAAAUCGGGAGGUUAACUGUUGUUCUGUUCGCUGCGUUCAUCCUGAUCCUGUGAUGGCCCUGCUUCAUCCUCCCCCUUUACAAAAUGAGCUGCUUUCCGUUUCCAUUUCUUCUUCAUAUAUAGAAUCUAUACUUCUCCUUCAGUAUAGGCGCCACUGAUACUGACACUGCCGCGGGAGCCAGAGCAACCACGCGGGAGCUGGAGUAGCCAUGAGGUUAGUAGUUAGAAUUAGUUGCUUAAAUCUCCACCAGGUCCAGGAGGUGCAAACCCCGUUCAGUGUUCCUAGCCAGCAGGGUCACGACCCGCGCUGUGGUGCAUCCGACGGACCAAAGAUACUCAGAAUUGCCAGAAACCCUAAAUUUUUCAGUAAUUGGCCCCGGGGGGAAGGAGGAGGCUGGGAUCCCGCCCAUAGGCCGGCUCCCAGGAAAAGGGAAGCCAGAGGUGCAGUUGCUGGCAUUUGCCGCCAGGGGCCGCCCGACCCACAGGGGCGACACCACCGCCGAGUGCGCAGGGCACGGUGUUACGGCCCACGAGUCCAUCGCAUGUAAACCAACGCUGCAUAGUACUACACUGGGAUGACUUUAGCCCAAGUCUCAAGGAGGACAAACAGCACAACACGUACUGCACGUAAAUGAAAGCAGCACUAAGUAGGGCCAUCAACUAGUUUAAAAUCCGGUGUAGUAUUCCCCUAGUAAAGAGGUAUUGCAAUGAAAGAGUGCAGUGGUAAUAGUCUCGGGUCACUGCUGCUGCUGCUGGUAGCCAGGUGCAGUCAAGACAUGCAUUAAGGCUUAAUUACAGAAAUGCACCAGUAAAGGGUUCAUUUCCUGAAAUAAAUACAUAAAGCUAUACCUGCAAUUUAUAAGGCACAAAACCAAUUUCUCAUGCCUCGGUUUACCCACUUGUGGUUCCUAACACGGUCACAUCAGAUGCAGCAGUAAUGACUGCAGGUAACUUAGCUACUAAAGUAACCUACUUCUGGUUAGUGCAGGCAGGUGCCGCAGUUGUUGCUUUAUGUGGGAGCAGCUACACAACACUGACAGCACAUACUAUUAUUGUAUGCAACUAUCACCAAGUGUAAUUUUGUAAUAAAACCAACUUAAAGCA